ACGUCACUCAGUACUGCUCUUCCGUGAACUUCGAAUCGUUCGAUCUCCAAUAUUUUUCCAAAUUUCACAAAGUAUUCACUUGUUUUAUAUUAAAGGGCAUUAUUUAAUUGGAGAUUUGAACCAAAAUGACCGAGGAGACUCUCAACAAUGGCAUAUCAGAUUUGAAAAUUAGCACGGAAAAUGAUGUCUCAUGGGAGGAACAUGAAAUCGAAGUGCCAUGGGGCAAGGUAGCCGGUAAAUGGUGGGGCCCAAAGGAUCGUCAACCCGUUUUGUGUCUUCAUGGAUGGCAAGAUAAUGCUGGCACGCAUGACCGAUUGAUUCCGCUGCUUCCGACGUCAUUCUCUUAUCUGGCAAUCGAUUUACCGGGACACGGAAAGUCGUCACACUACCCGACUGGCAUGCAGUAUUACGUCUUUUGGGACGGAAUAACGUUAAUUAGACGCAUCGUGAAAAAGUUCAAAUGGGAGAAAAUUACCUUGAUCGGACAUUCGUUAGGUGGCUGCCUCAGUUUUAUGUAUGCUUCGUGUUUUCCGGAUGACGUAGCGCGAUUCGUUAGCAUUGAUAUUGCUGGACCGACGGUGCGCAACUUUGAUCGCAUUGCCAGCAACACGGGCGAUUGUAUCGACAAAUUUUUGCUUUACGAGACUUUGCCUAUGACGAAAAUGCCUUGUUACGAGUAUAAGGAUAUGAUUGACUUGGUCGUGGAUGCGUAUCAGGGUUCCGUAGAUCGACCUUCUGUGGAAGUACUGAUGCGACGUGGCAUGGCCCCCGCUCCAAAAGACUUACACAAAAACGGGUAUCACUUUGCGCGAGAUUUGAGAUUAAAAGUUUCUGUCAUGGGCAUGUUUUCGCUCGAACAGGUGCUAGCGUAUGCAAGACGCAUCAAAUGUGCCGUGCUCAAUAUUCGAGGAAUCCCCGGAAUGGUGUUUGACGAUCCGGGCGUUUAUCCCGCUGUGAUCGAGGAAAUUCGAAAAUCCUCGAGAAAAUUGGUUUACGAGGAAGUCGAAGGGACACAUCACUUACAUCUGGUUACGCCGGAAAGAGUGGCACCAAUUAUUUCCAAGUUCUUGCAAGAGGACUCUUAAAAAAUGACAAAUAUUUAUGGGAACCCGGAAUAUGUAAAUUAAGAUGUGUGAAAAGAGUCUUUCUUGUUGCUUUAAUAGGCUGGACCUUAUUUAUUUUUAGUUAGCAAAAUUUUUACAGUGACGCUUAUUGGUGAAACCAAUUCAAACGUACUCAAAGAGAUAAACAGAUUAUUUUAAAUAAUUACCUACCGACAAACAAAAAAUCCAUGAAAUAUUUUUAGAAAAAUAUUUAUUAAUUAGAGCACCUUCCACAAAAAAAAUACCUUUAAAAAUGCACAAAAAUACAUUCGAACAAAUAUUGUAUAAAAAUUAUUAAAAAAUUAAAUAAAAAAAAAUUGGUGAGAGGUCGAUUGAAACCGU